AUGUUUUCUUGGCUAGGCAAAAACAACGAGAAAAAAGAGCAAAAUGUAUUGGAAACUGUAAGUGAAGGACUUCGAAAAAUUUACAAAGAAAAGCUUUUUCCAUUGGAAGAAUUUUAUAAUUUUCAUGAUUAUCAUUCGCCAGCAUUAGAUGACCCCGACUUCAAUGCAAAACCGAUGAUUUUGUUGGUUGGACAAUACUCGACAGGAAAAACAACGUUUGAAUUUUUGUUUAUUUUUGAAAUAUAUUUAAAUGUUGGGGUCUACUUGGGUGUGAUAGGAAUCCAUUUUUUCAUUUUCUGGUACUUUUAUUAACACUGGUUGAGUUAUAGGUCAGGGAGGUUCUUUCGCGUUCGUUUUUUCCUUUUCUGUCUUCCUUCUUUUUAAAAUUCAGAAAGUCGCAUAGCUUAAAAACUCUUACCUAUUAGAAGUGUUUUAAUCACUUUGGAUUCCACACUUGAGUUUAGACUAGAUUUAGUUAAUUUUGCGGUUUUUGGAUAGUGAUCCCCUAGUCCUUGCAAGUAAAGUUGGCCGAUGGUUGGAAAUCUUCGGAUAACCGGAUCCAAACUGAAAAUUAAAGGAUAUUCGGCCUUGUUGGGAUCCAGAUCUAGUCCUUCCGAGUGGUCUUAACCAGCUAUUGGUCUUUGGGCCUUUUUUCAAGGGUUG